AUGUUCGACGUUGACUGGAAGGGCCUCGCCCUCCCUUUCGCCUACUUGGCUGUCCUCGGCGGUGCACUGGCUACCUUUUCGACCAUCUACCGCAAGCGAAAGGCUGCCCGCAGCGCAAACCUCGAGCCCUGGUUUGGGCCGCACGUCUCGCGCGACAUCUACCUCACCCUCCUCCACAUGCUCCCCGAAGACCCCAAAGACGAGAAGGCCACAAAGAUCCCCGUCACCAUGGUCCGUGCCGCGCUUCUGCGUCGCGCCAUCGAGGACCUCCAGCGUCUAGUGCAGAUCCGGUCGGCCAAGCAGGCCUGCAGCUCGCUGCUCCAGAGAGGUAGCGUCGGCGAUGACUUGUGGCAGCGGUUCCAGCGAGCCGAGUCGGAGAUGCAGGCGGAACUGCAGGAUGUGGUGCGCGAGGCGAACGCGCUCUCUCCUCAGUGGGGACAGAUCAUCUUUCAGUCGGCCAACGAGAUUCUUCUAAACGAUCGCAUGAAGGAGCAGAUUGACGAGAUGCAAGACACCGUUGAGUCUGAGAAGGCGUGGUGGGCCAAGCGCAAGGAGGAGAUUGGGAGCGAGUUCAUCAAAGAGCUCGAUGAGUCGGAGAAGAGCUCCACGACGGACGAGCCGGUGUUGGUCACCACACCCGAGAAGAAGAAGAAGGCGACCGCCAAGGCAUAA